AUGGCCCCUGCGCGCUUUGAGUAUGCGACCAUUUCGUGGUCCUCGGUGGACGCUCUUACCAGCCCUGAUCUUUGGACGCAAUGGGCUCUGAACGCCGAGUUCAGGGCUUUGCCUCCCACUCAAGAGAUGAGACACAGGUACUUGAACUACAGCCGCAAUCAUGCUGUGCUGGUGCGGCCCACAUCGCCUCAGGACGGGCAAUUGCUGUUCAAAUUUGAGUGGGACAAGGUCAAGCUGAGCUUGCGAGUCACUUCUGCAAUGUCGGGCGAGUUCGUGUGCACCGCAUUGGACGCUUUCGUUGGGCUAUGUGAUAGGAUGCAAGAGGAGGCUGACCGCAUGCGCUUGGGAUGUUGCCAAGUCCUAUGCAUUGUGAACAAGAAGCACUUGGACCCAGAGCUACGCAAACAGACCUUGGAACACAUCUUUGGACAUGCGGCUUUGGAGCUCGAGCAGAUUGCGGAGGGUGCGAUCGGAACCACAUACAUUACCGAUGAAGACAUUACCGAUGAAGCGGAAGAGCCAAGUUCUGAAGAAGCCUGCCAGCGGACUGAAGCUGAGCGACAGAGGUCCUUGGCUUGGCGCAAAGAGACUGCCAAGGCCAGCAAGUCGAUCGCCAACCUGAACAGUUGCUACGUUUCCUUGAAGGGCGUCAUGGACAAGAGUGCAAAGAAUGCUAACGUGCUCUCUGUGGAGAUGAAGAAAGAUCUCCAGGAGGCCGAAGGCAAGAUCAGGACUCUCAAGCUGAGUGCCACUGCGAUCAUCGGAACUGAUGAAGCGGCGCGAGCUCAAAGCGAUCCACCGGCUUUGGGAGAGGCAUCUGCCAUCCAGGAUACAGUCAAGGCUGCUCAGAUGCUUCUGAAGGAUGCUCGAAAGGUUUUUGCAGAGAAAGCAGCCGAGGCAAAGGCUCUCAAGGAGCCAAAGCCCAAGAAGGAGCAACAGAUGACGCGUGGUCCUGGCCGUAAUAAACGGCGCCUACCUCUGCUAGAUGAGCGCAAAUUUCGCAGAGCUGUCUCUGUUAGAGGAGCGAGCGAGCGAGCCGCUGCUGAGAUCUGGAACAUCAUUCAAUCAGAUGAGAAGCAGAUUAGUCGUGGGCGAGCUGAACGCCUGGUCGCUGCAGAACUGAAGCCAUGGAUUGACGCCAUGCAAGAUGAACCUUUUCUUCGCCAUGAUGGAUCCACUGUUGCUUUGCCAGUGGUGGAUUUGAAGCCGUGCCUCCAGCAUCUGUGUCAGAAGUCAGUUGACUUCAGGCAUGCCAUCGAGAAGGCGUUGGAGAAAGGACCUCUUACUCCAAUCAUUUUUUGCGAUGAGGCCCAAGCGGGUAAUGUUCUGGGAGUGAACAAAUCCCGCAAAGCCAAUCUAUACUACAUCAGCUGGUUAGAGCUGGGACAUCUGAUCAAAAAUGCAAACUGCUGGAUCCCAUUAGCAACAGUGCAAAGCUAUUGCUUAGCGCAGCUGCAGGGUGGCCACAGCUCCAUCAUGAUCAAGAUCCUCGACAAGGCGGACCUUGAAGCUCAGGAAAAGUGUAGUGGGUUAUCCUACAAUCCAGCAUCUCUGUUGUGGAACCCAGCUACAAGAGUCAAGAUGGCCCCAAGCAGGAUCAUCGGAGACGCCAUGCACCUUUACUUCGUGAACGGCAUCUGUAGCUGGGAGAUCGCCUUGUUCUUGCAAAUAGUUUUUGACCACACGCCGCUCAAAUUGAGUGCUCUGCAAGAUGUUGUCUUGGCUGGCAACUGGGUCUCUGCAAAGUCGACGGGCCGCACCAGGACCUACCUCAAGAACUUGUUCCACGAGCGCCUGUACGGUGAUGGUUUGUUCAAGGGCCAAAGGCAUCAGACUACAGCUUUGUUGCCCCUGUUGUUUUACUUCACCUUGACGGCGAUUGAGCCCAGUGGCCUGGUUCCAGCUCGCUACGUGGCCUUCUUCAGAACCUUGUGUGGCAUCGCUUCCUUCCUUCGUCAACUGAAAUUUGGCGGUGUCCUCAUCAACGAGAAGUCCAUGGCUCGCUUGGACGAACUGCAGCGACGUCAUCAUGAUAUGUUUGCGGUCUACGAUGUAGACCACAAACCAAAGCACCACAUGAGGCUACAUUUGCCGGCUCAGCUUCUCAGGACUGGUUGCUUCGUGGACUGCGAGCCUGUGGAGGACAAACAUCGCCUCUAUAAGAGUGGCGUAGCGGACCGCCAGGACUCUUUGGCGCAGAACCACUCUGCCUUUUCUCGGUCGGUGCUACCCAGGCUGCUCCAAGACACCUUGCUCCAACUCAACAAGCACGGCGUGCCACAUUGGCAACUUGUGGGUCACAUAGAAGAGGCAAGCCUUGAGGACAAACUGUACUUUGUCACGACCGAGCUGCAGACCAGCAAGAGCCACUGGGCGAUACCAGUUGUGACACUUCAG